UUUUCUCUACAUUACUGGGAGUAAGGGGGCGGUUAACUGAUCUUGGUCGUCACAUCUAAACUGGUUGGAUACAACCAGUCUUCUACUUGAGGGCAUAGAUCUAAAAAGUGAUGUCGACCCAUCCUUUGAACUUCAGCAGUAGGCAAAUGAUAUCGCUUGUGUAAAUCUGAAUUUCCAGAUGCUGAGUUUAUUUGGGCCGUUAGGACGUGUUCGGUGCUCCUUUCUAACCCUUUAUCGUAGAUGCAGAAGAUCUUCAUAACUGUCUGCACAGUCCUGUGCGUGUGUGUGUGUGUGUUUUUUUUUUCUUUUUUGAGCUCUGGUUUACAGUCUAUUUCCCAACCCUGACUGUCUGUGAAGAAAAGAAGAAGUCAGCAAUGGCAUGGAAGUGAAGGCUGAGCCAUCUCAGUUGCCCAGUUCCCUACCGAGCACCUGACCAGAGCAGACGUCUCACAGCACUCUUGUCUCCAGAGCAAAGGGCAGGAUGUUCCACCUGCUGCUCAUCUUGAGUGCGCUGUCCAGUGCAUGCCAAGGUCGGAGCCCUCCUGUGAUCAGACUGAAGUCAGACGUCUUGGAAAGCGAUGAGGUCGUCUUGAAACAGGGCACAGAGAUGAUUCUGAGAUGUGAGGGGGAUAGCGAUGUCAUGUGGCAUCUCCGGCUGGCAAAAUUAAAGAAAUUUAUCAAAUCCUCGGGAAACAGCACCAUCUUCAAAACAGACUUUCUCACUGUAGAGUUCACAGGCACAUACAAAUGUGCUUAUAAAAAUCAGCCAGACCUCUACUCUUCAGUUCACAUCUAUGUGAAAGACCCACGCUGCCUGUUCACGGCCGUCAGCACCUUCAGACCUUUGAAGAAAGAAGGUGAGGACUGUCUGCUGCCUUGCCUACUAACAGACCCCAGUGCCGCCGACUUCUCACUCCGCAUGGUCAACAGCUCCGCACUGCCCGCUGGAAUGAAUUAUACAACUGACCCGAGGAAGGGGAUCACCAUCCGGGACCUCCGCUCCAGCUACAACGCGGACUAUGUUUGCUCUGCCAAGAUCAAUGGGGUGGAGAUGGUCUCCAGAGUGUUCUCCAUCAAUGUCAUUCUAAGGUUGCGCUUCCCACCUUACGUGUUCUUGAACUCAACUGAGUACAUACGCCUUGUGGGAGAGGAAUUGCGGAUAUCCUGUAAAACCCACAACCCAAACUUCAAUUACAAUGUCACGUGGAUCCAUACCUCCAGCAAUAAUGUAACCAGAGAGGAGGACGUACGUUCAGAUCUCUUAGAUGGUAGUCGACUUAACAUCAAGAGCAUUUUGACGAUUCGAGCAGUGACUCUUUCCGACACAGGGAAUUACACCUGCAUCGGAGUCAAUGAGGCAGGGAUCAACAGCUCCACCACCUACUUGAAGGUUAUAGAAAAACCAUACGUAAAGCUUUCACCAAAACUGCCGCCAACACUUGAUCACGAUGGACUCUCCGUGAAAGUCUACGAAGGGAUGGACCUGGAGCUCGGGGUUUACCUUGAAGCAUACCCCACUAUCACGUUUCAUGAGUGGGAGAUUCCGUCAUCUCACAACUCCACCUCACUGGCUAAAACUUUUAACGAAUAUAACUAUAGAUACGAUUUCACCCUGAUUCUAAAGAGGAUGACCGCCAAGGAGCAAGGCCUGUAUACCUUUCGCGCUAGAAAUGCUGGUGUCAACGCUUCCCUCACUUUCAGAGUGCAGACUUACCAGAAGCCUGUCGCCACAGUAAAGAGGAACAAUGCCACCACUCUGACCUGCACUGUGAUAGGGUUCCCAGCUCCUCAAAUACAGUGGUACCAAUGUUCUGGAAUAAGGUCCACGUGCAGUGAGAAUGCCACAAACAACCUGAAGAUUCUGCCUGCACAGACUGUAAAUGUGAAGAGGGAGGAUUUUGGGCCGGUGGAGGUGGACAGCGUGCUGACAGUGGAUCCUGCUAGCCAAAGGGAAACAUUAGAGUGUGUGGCCAAAAACCUAGCAGGAGAAGGCAAAGUCACAGUGGCUAUGGACGUAUCCCAAAACAAACUGUUCGUUCCAACAGUGACUGGGUCUGCAGUCCUAGCAGCCGUCCUCCUUCUUCUCUUGCUCAUACUUCUCUACAAAUACAAGCAGAAGCCUAGGUAUGAAAUACGCUGGAAGAUUAUUGAGGCCAGCAAUGGGAACAACUACACAUUUAUUGACCCUACGCAGCUUCCAUACAAUGAAAAGUGGGAGUUCCCCAGGGAUAAGCUGCGACUAGGGAAAGUUCUAGGGGCUGGAGCUUUUGGGAAAGUGGUUGAGGCCACUGCAUACGGUUUGGGAGAGGAAGACAAUGUUACACGUGUUGCUGUGAAGAUGCUCAAGCCAAGUGCCCACUCUGAUGAAAAAGAAGCCCUGAUAUCUGAGCUGAAGAUCCUGAGUCACCUGGGCAACCACAAGAACAUUGUGAACCUACUGGGUGCCUGCACUCAUGGAGGUCCAGUUCUUGUGAUUACCGAGUAUUGCAAACACGGUGACCUGCUAAACUUCUUGCGAAAUAAGGCCGAGACCUUCCUGAACUUUGUAAUGAGUGUGCCAGGAUUCCUGGAGGGAACCAGUGACUACAAGAAUGUGUGCAUUGAGAAGAAGUACAUCAGGAGUGACAGUGGAAUUUCAAGUUCUUGCUCUGACAGCUACCUGGAGAUGAAGCCCUCUGGCAUGCUUCCUACCAGCUCUCAGCAAAGUUCCUCCUGUGAGGAGGCAAAUGAGGACACAUGGCCGUUGGAUAUGGAUGACCUCCUGAGGUUCUCCUACCAGGUGGCUCAAGGGCUUGACUUCCUUGCAUCAAGAAAUUGCAUCCACAGGGAUGUGGCUGCCAGGAACGUGCUCCUGACUGAUGGUCGCAUAGCCAAGAUCUGUGACUUUGGCCUGGCUCGAGACAUCAUGAACGACUCCAACUAUGUGGUGAAGGGAAAUGCCCGUCUUCCUGUGAAGUGGAUGGCACCAGAGAGCAUCUUUGACUGUGUGUACACAGUGCAGAGUGACGUCUGGUCUUACGGGAUCUUAUUGUGGGAGAUCUUCUCUUUGGGCAAGAGUCCAUAUCCCAGCAUUUUGGUGGACAGCAAAUUCUACAAGAUGAUCAAAUGUGGCUACCAGAUGUCCAGACCAGAUUUUGCCCCUCCAGAGAUGUACACAAUCAUGAAGAUCUGCUGGAACCUGGACCCAACGAAGAGACCCACCUUCAGCAAGAUCAGCCAGCUCAUCGAGAGGUUACUUGGUGAGCAGCCAGAGCAGACUUACCAAAAUGUGCAGCAGGAUGCGCCCGAUGAGCAAGCCAGUGAAUCAUUUGACACGCCCAAGUGCUGCGAGGAGUCCUGUGACCAAGCUUGUGAUCACGAGGAAGAGGAGCACCCACUGAUAAAGACCAACAACUACCAGUUCUGCUGAAACGCUGUCAGUGUAGACCCAGCUGGCUCGGUUUGAAUGGCAGAAAUCACUAUAAACUCGCUACCCAGUUAAUCAAACCAAAUUGAUUGGCAUUGCGCUGUUAGCCAUUCUGUUUUGGAGAAGUGCUGUGGGAGGUACAAUCACACUUUUGCAGAUAUCAGAUCAUUGAUGAAUCUUCUCUCUAAGCCACUCCAUUUCUUCAUUGUGAUGUGACAAAGUGAUGGCGAUCAAACAGAAACAAGAUAAGAGAAAUUUAUCAUGGUGCAAAUUCAUGAUUUCACUUAAUGCCCAUGGCGGUCUUUUGCAAUUAUAGACAUUGUUUUAAUUAAAUUCCUUUUAUAGGUUUUCUUCUUUGGUCGCACGGAAUGAAUUCUGAAAUGUUUUCAGUAUUGUCCUUCUAUCUACGAUGGGUUCAGUUUCAUUUUAUCUGUAAUCAUGAUCCUGGGGUGAAAAAAUGUUAUUUUCACUAAAUCGUCAGAGUCAGCAUCUUUCUUUGGGGAACUGAAAGCACCUAGCUGUGCAGUCAGAUAAGCGCAACAUGAUGCCUCGAACCCUGAGAACAUACAUGUUGAAUUUGUCCUCAACGCAGUCAUCUUGUCACAUCCGUUCAAAGUUCUCACUAUGCGCACAUGAGGUGAAUGACCUGGAGGUCUUGAGUCUGUAGGAAAUGUCAUAAACCAUUAGACAUUGACGUCGCUGGAAGUUUGUAGAUAACAUUUCUGCCAGAGACGCAUAUUUUGCCCAGAGCUGUUACAUCUGAUGUGCAAAAGAAAUAAAGAAAAAUCUAAAGCCUGAAAAAGAUAAUUUCUCCAGCAAAAAAUUCAGCAUAAAAUACAUUUUAUAAGAUUAAAAAAAAUAAAAAUUAUAAUAAUAAUAAUGAGAAAGAUUAGCAAAUAAUCAGCUCUUAUUUUAUGCAAACAUAUAUUCCUCCUUCUUCUCUUAUUGCAUGCAGAAUGCUAACUGUGACUGUCAUUAUCAUGGUAAUGUUGUAAUUUACUAUAUAAGUAGCAUUCAGCAUAUACUGCCUAUAACACAGAUAUACACUUAAACUUGUAUGGGAAAUAAUUUUGUCAAAGACAAACUUGCAAUUUCCCCUCACUUCUGUCCUCAUUGUGAAUCUCAGUGAUCAGCAAUUUUUUUUUUUAAGUGUAUGGAAUAAUGCUAUUGUUUGAUACCAUUUUACUUUCAGCAUAGCUGCUUUUUGUCUGAUGAACUUUUGUAGCAUUUUUAACUUUGAAUAACGUGGAGAAUUCCCAAUCAGAAAAAUGUCAUUUAUGUCCUAGAAUUACACUGUAUGAGGGUUUUUCUCUGGUCUCUGUGUACACUUACGUGUUGGGCCUGAUCUAAUAUGCUAGUGAGCACAGACGUGACCGAAAGGGACAGGGGACCUUGUCCCUGUUGUGUUCAAGCAAGUUCACUAUGGUAUAUGCAUAUAACUCCACUCAACGCUACUUUUAAUAUGUUUUAGUUUCCCAACAUCAGACAAGUUCUCACACCAUUGCAAGUAAGAGGUGCUGGAUAUUACUCUGAUACUUUGCUUUGUGCACAAAUGUUUUGUGUUUUUCAGCAUAGCAGGUCAUAGAUAACACUGUGGCUGAACAGAAUGCUUUCUUGUGUUAGUGAUAAAUGUGAUAGUGACGUGCUUUAUAUAUGGUUGUCCUUUAUUUUUACAAAAAUGCAGUUUAUUAUGCAAAAAUAAUCACGAUAUAGAAAAUUCUCUCUGACCUUUUUCAAUGUACUUCAAUUGCAUUUUUACACUGGGAAACCUGAGUGUCAAACCGCAGUCCACGUAAACGAGUUCUGUCUUUUUCAGGAUGUGUCCGAAUAUCUGAAACUCCAGGUGCAGUUUCUCAGUAUUCAAACAAUGACUUCAGAAAAGCAGCUAAGAGGAGGGGAUUGAGCAGAUAUCCCUGCUUGAAAAAGUUCAUUCUUAACCACAUAUGGAUAAUUUACAUGUAUUAUCAGGGCAUUCUGAAUAACCAAAUUCCUUAAUUUCAUCCCAACUGUGAUAUAAUUCUUGUUACUUUGCAUACCAGCAUGUCAUAAAACAAAUAAACCAGUU